UGUACUAAUAAGGAAGUCAAAACGAAGAAUGGCAGUUUCCAUUUGCUGCACAAACAUUUGUGCGAGUCUUCCUCUUUCCCUUACCAGUUAAGCCGUCUGUUAUAAAUUGACUAAAAUCUUUACUGUCUUUUUUUACGACAUCUGAAGACACACAUCUGUCGAAAGCCUUGUUCACUUGAAGCCAAAACUUGUUAUGAAUCAUCGUGACUUUGACUCUCCGGUUCUGACUCAAACCAACUGCUACUACUUCAACACCAAAGAGUGAGAACUGCUGGAAUCUCAGAUACCCAGAUUCAAGAAACAAGUAAAACUUAAAAAAUGGCGAUUGUUGGGUUGUACGCUGUGCUGCUAUUAUUGGGGAUUUUAUGCGCAGAAUCCAAGUACAUGGUUUAUAACACUUCAGCAGGUAUAGUUGCUGGGAAAAUCAAUGUUCAUGUGGUUCCUCACACCCAUGACGAUGUUGGUUGGUUAAAAACCGUUGAUCAGUACUAUGUUGGCUCUAACAAUUCUAUCCAGGGGGCUUGUGUGCAGAAUGUGUUGGAUUCUAUAGUGCCUGCUCUGUUGGCUGACAAAAACCGGAAAUUCAUAUAUGUUGAACAGGCAUUUUUUCAGCGAUGGUGGAGAGAUCAGAGUGAGCUAAUGCAGAGUAUAGUCAAGAAUCUUGUCAGCUCGGGGCAACUAGAGUUCAUAAAUGGAGGCAUGUGCAUGCAUGAUGAGGCAGUGCCACAUUACAUAGACAUGAUUGAUCAGACAACUCUUGGACAUCGAUUCAUCAAAGAGGAGUUUGGUGUCACUCCAAGAAUUGGAUGGCAAAUUGAUCCUUUUGGACAUUCUGCAGUACAGGCUUACUUGUUGGGAGCAGAAGUUGGAUUUGACUCAUUUUUCUUCGGCCGCAUAGACUACCAAGACAGGAUUAAGCGAAAAAAAGAGAAGAGCCUCGAAGUUAUCUGGCGGGGUUCUAAGAGCCUGGGCUCAUCUGCUCAGAUUUUUGCUGGAGCAUUUCCAAAAAAUUAUGAACCUCCACCAGGUUUCUACUUUGAAGUUAAUGAUGAUUCCCCUAUUGUUCAGGAUGAUAUUAGUUUGUUUGAUUACAAUGUUCAAGACAGAGUGAACGACUUUGUGGCCGCUGCAAUAUCACAGGCGAACAUAACUAGAACAAAUCACAUAAUGUGGACCAUGGGAACAGAUUUUAAGUAUCAGUACGCACACACUUGGUUUCGGCAGAUGGAUAAGCUUAUUCAUUAUGUGAAUAAGGAUGGACGUGUCAAUGCUUUCUACUCAACUCCAUCUAUAUAUACUGAUGCUAAAUAUGCUAUGAGUAAAUCUUGGCCACUCAAGACUGAUGACUACUUUCCUUACGCAGACCGUGUAAAUGCUUACUGGACAGGAUACUUUACAAGUAGACCAGCUUUAAAACGCUAUGUUAGAAUAAUGAGUGGCUACUAUCUGGCAGCAAGGCAACUCGAAUUUUUUAAAAGGAGAAGUGAUUCAGGGCCCAAUACAGACUCAUUGGCAGAUGCUUUGGCUAUUGCUCAGCAUCAUGAUGCUGUUACUGGUACAGAGAAGCAGCACGUGGCUGAUGAUUAUGCAAAAAGACUAUCCAUGGGAUACAUAGAGUCUGAGAAGGUUGUUGCAUCUUCACUUGCUUGCUUGGCCGAUUCAAAGUCAUCCAAUGGAUGUGGGCACUCAACCGCCAAUUUCCAGCAGUGUCCACUUCUGAAUAUAACUUACUGUCCUGCAUCAGAAAUUGACCUGUCUCAUGGAAAGAAGUUGAUUGUUGUGGUCUACAAUUCUUUGGGAUGGAAGAGAGAGGAUGUAAUACGUUUUCCAGUUGUUAAUGAAGAUGUCAUUGUUCAUGAUUCUGAGGGAAGAGAAAUCGAAUCACAGCUUGUUCCACCAGUUGAUGCUUAUGUGGACCUAAGAAACUAUUAUGUUAGGGCAUACUUUGGUACCAACCCAAAAGCUGUACCUAAGUAUUGGCUUGCAUUUACAGUAUCUGUUCCACCUCUUGGUUUCAACACUUACACCAUCUCUACUUCCGAAAAGACAGGAGCUGGCUCUACCAAAUCAUCUAUAUACAAAUUUCAGAGGUGUGAAAAAUCAGGUAUUCAAGUUGGUGAAGGAAAUUUAAAGCUUACUAUUUCUGCGUCUCAAGGGAAGAUCAUAAAUUAUGUCAACAGCAGAAACUUGGUUGAGGAAUCGGUGGAACAAUCAUUUAGUUUUUACACUGGAUAUAAUGGAACUAAUGACAAAGAGCCCCAGAACUCUGGGGCAUAUAUUUUCCGUCCAAAUGGCACAUAUCUCAUAAAGCCUGAACAGGCCUCUUUGACUGUUAUUCGAGGACCAUUAGUACAGGAGCUGCAUCAACAGAUCAAUCCGUGGAUAUUUCAGACCACUAGACUUUACAAGGAGAAAGAGCAUGUUGAAGUCGAGUUCAUUGUUGGGCCUGUGCCAAUUGACGAUGGAUUUGGCAAAGAAGUUGCAACUCAGAUUACAACUUCUCUGGAAAACAGUAAAACAUUCUACACAGAUUCUAAUGGACGUGAUUUUAUUAAACGGAUUCGUGAUUUUAGGACAGACUGGGACCUGGAAGUAAACCAACCGGUUGCUGGAAAUUAUUACCCAAUUAAUUUGGGAAUUUACAUUCAAGAUAGUAAGAAAGAAUUUUCGGUCCUGGUAGAUCGAUCUCUUGGAGGAUCUAGCAUGGUGGAUGGACAAAUAGAGUUGAUGCUCCAUAGGAGGCUGCUACUUGAUGACUCCAGAGGUGUUGCAGAGGCUCUAAAUGAAACAGUCUGCAUUCUUGAUGAUUGCAGAGGACUAACUAUACAAGGAAAAUAUUAUUACAGAAUUGACCCCCUAGGAGAAGGUGCUAAGUGGCGUCGUUCUCUUGGCCAAGAGAUAUACUCACCCCUCCUGUUAGCAAUUGCACAAGAGGAUGGAGAUAACUGGAUGAGUUCUCAUGUACCCACAUUCUCGGGGAUCGAUUCCUCCUACAGUUUACCUGAUAAUGUUGCUGUUAUAACUCUCCAGGAGCUUGAUGAUGGAAAAGUUCUUCUUAGGUUAGCACAUUUGUAUGAGAUCGGAGAGGACAGUGUUCUUUCUGUAGUGACUAGUGUGGAACUGAAGAAGCUGUUCCCAGGCAAGAAGAUUGCUAAGGUGACAGAGGUGAGCUUAUCUGCCAAUCAAGAAAGAGCAGUAAUGGAGAAGAAGAGACUUGUUUGGAAAGUAGAAGGCUCUUCAGGAGAAUAUCCCAAGGCGGCAAGAGGUGGACCUGUUGAUCCCCAAAAACUGGUGGUGGAGCUUGCUCCAAUGGAAAUCCGCACCUUUGUCAUUGACCUUGAUCAAACUUCCUCCAAUAGAGUAUUCGAUGCUUGAGUGUCUGCAAAAAUGCUCUACCAUGUUCUUAUCGAAAAAGGCAUGACAUUCAGAAUCCUCUGUUGCUUUCAAUGAGGGAAAUUUUCUCUUCUACUGUGUAAUGUACUUUAAGAUAGUUAGGCCACAAAGGAUUCUGAUAUAAUAAACUCAAGUUUGUCUUAGUUGUUCC